UAUGCUUUCGUUUUCUUAAUACAAGGCAUAGUAUUAAACUACCAAGUUUUGAAUCUCAUUAUGGUUCUGUGCUUUUGAAAUAAUCAGGUUAUCGGGUUUGAGCUGAGAAUCAUGAGGUUUAAAAGGGGAAGCAAAGUGGAGGUAAUAAAUACGAAGAAAUUGGUUACGAAUCAGGAAAUUGGUCAAGUUUUGGAGGUAUUUGAUGAAUCUUCUUGGAAGACUGCUACAAUUGUGAAGGUUCUAGAUAGAGAUUACUAUUUGGUACAACAGACUGGAUGCUUGGAGGAGCUUUGUGUGCACAGAUCAAACACCAGAGUGGUACAAUGUUGGCAAGAUAAGGAACGGAACUUGAAAAGGAAGGGAUCUGGAUUGUGUAGGAGACCUGACCAACUAUCAGCUUUAAAACCUUCUAAAAAGGUGAGCAAGGUCCUGUCUUUUAGCGCAAGGAAUAGAUCUCUUGUUGCGGAUGAUCAUUUAGCUUCUCAGGAGUGUACUGAGUUGCGGAAGUCUCAUAUUAGCUCUUCGUUAUUGCUAAAUAGGGUAUCCCAAGUUGCCCUGUCUAAAAAUGAAACCUUUAGAAACAUUCAGGAUUUAGAGGCAACUGAGAGAGCUUUUAAGAGACGGAGAGUAGUGCCAGCUGUCUUAAAGGGACAAGUCAAUGUUAGUGCCAAGUGCAAAGAGAAUAUAAUGGGUGAGAAGUAUGUAUCUGAUGGAUAUUGUGCAUUGGAGCAAACCAAAAGAAGUGAUUCUCUUAGUGAUGCCUGUUCCGUUGGUAGUUGUAGUAUCAACGAUAAAUUUUCUAACUUAUCCCCAGAAGAAGUAUGCAGUGAUGUAGAGUCUUUUCAAGAUUCUGCAGAUAAGGAGGAAAUAGCAGCAGGUAUUCAUAGCUUGGAGUUACAUGCUUAUCGGUGCACUUUGGAGGCAUUGUAUGCGUCCGGUCCCUUAAGUUGGGACCAAGAAGCAUUGUUAACUAAUCUUCGAAUCUCGCUCCAUAUUUCAAAUGAUGAACAUUUAGCAGAGCUGAAGACUUUAAUUUCUGCUGGAACUGGGCAACAGUUGGAUGUAUACAUCCUUUGCCUCCAAAACUCAAAAGAUGAUGCUUGCGUUUGCAGCACCUCGACUCCUGCAACAACUGUCCCACAGAUAAGACAAUUCAUGGCUUUUGUUGUUAUUACUAUAAAGCUUCAUGAUUUGUUUUGUCUGGAUAACUUCGAUAUUGGCAUGUUUUUUGCUGAAAAGUAAAUCAAUUCAAAUCCAACUAUUUAAGGUCUUAUAAUAUGCUGUAUCUAUGCUUAUGGAUCCUCCGAUUGCAUAUUGUACUACUUUGAACCAGAAUAUGGUGGAAGACUGACUUCCUGUACAUACAGAGAAGAGUUAUAGGAUUUUCUUUUUUAUCAACGGAGCAGGAAAAGACAUUUACAUUUAAUUGGAGAAGUGGAAAUAAUAUAGUUAAAAAAAUCUCAAGGUGUUUGUAGAUGAAGUGUAAAUCAAAGGCACUCAAUAUGAAAAUGUGUAAUCAAAUUAUUGGGUUGUGUC